AUGUAAAACAAUCUUGUUUCUAAUUUGAAGGAAAAAAAAAAGAGUGUGUCCUAGAGCCAAAUUCUGGUUCCAUUGUUCAUUGAUCCUAUAAACAUGAGUUACUUAAUCUUUUUGUAUCCAUUUCCUAGCAGAGAAACAGAAUAAAUUCCAAGCUAUAGCACCUAUCUAUAAUGAGUUAGUAUUUGCAAAGCAUUUAAGACAUGCUUGGGCAUAUCGUAGAUGCUCAAUUCUAGAUAUUUGUGUCUUCAUUCACACCCACUACCCUGUGAAACUCUACUCAAUUUCCUCUCUUCACUUUGAUUUCUGAAUCUAAAAUAAGUCUAAUAAAGCUUUACUACCUAGAUUGGAGGGAUGCCAAUCCAGUGAUCUCUGGAUCCAUUUCCUAUGAAACUGUAAUGGCACCUGUGGAUAAUGAGGACAUGCUGAAAUCCUAUACAUCUGCCUAGUACUACGGUGUAGAGAAACUAGUCACCCCUUCCAGCUUGUGUUUUUGCCCAAGUCUGUAGAGGUGCCUGAAAUCUUACUUUGGAAAUCAGUCCUAAAUUAUAGCAAAUGAAACAUCCUCAGAGAGAAGGAAAACAUCAAGUAUGCAGAACUAGAAUCUCUUCCCCUUGUCCUGUGUAUGUAGUUUAUGAAAUUGGUGCGAUGAUACCUUCUUUCCACAAUCUCAAAGAAGUCAGAUUUUUAUCAAUGGGUAUUUCCUCUAGAGCGGAAUCUUUUUCAGAAUGGCACCAUCAGAUCUCUCUCUCUCCUUUUUUCCUUUUUUUUUUUCUUUUACCCUGCCCUGAUGUUUACUUUGUUUUGUUUAAAUAUGUUGUUUUGCUCUGCUGGAGAUUGAGCCCAAAGCCUUGAACAUGCUAGGUACACAUUCUGCUACAUUCCUACCUUUUCAAUUUAGGUCAGUUAAUAAUUCCAAAAUGUCAGAGUCAGAGUCAUCCAGAAUGGAUGCAUUUAGCCACAGAAACCAAUUAGGGUUUGUUCUUUUCUAUAAGGUUUAGUGGAGUAUACAGCUUCUUUGUGUUUUCCUUUUUUGCAAUCAUUCAUCGCUAAAAAUGAAUUAUUGCAAUCAAAAUUCCUCAGAUCUUUGGGUUUAACAGGAUGAUGUCCCAAGUGGUCACUAGGCAGUAUGAUCGCCUUGCCCUGUCUCCUAAGAUUUCUAGGUCUGCCACAUAUAAUCAGAACAGUGUUUUAUCCAGUCCGUGCUGGGUUUCUUUGGUUUUGCUUUUUUGCACAAAAUGAGCAAUGGAGACCAAAUUGAUAGGUAUUUUAGACCUUUAAAGAAAUAUCGAUCCUUGGGAAUCUUUGGUGAAUGACUUUAACCAAGAAGGAACAUUGUGUGCCAAAAUCGUGCCAUGUUCGGCCCAUUUAUUUGGUUGCAAUACCAAAGCAGAAAGGAGUCACUACUCCUGAUUAGAAAGAGACCUGAGGUUGGCCCAUAACUCAGACAGUAAUCAUUGGCACACGGCUGGGGCUGUUUAUUUUGCUGCCCUACAGUAGGUGGACUCCGGGUGUGGUGGGUGUGCUAGCUAAGUACCUGUUUGCAGAACACCCAGGCAGGGCAGAGCUAAAACAGCAGUAAUCUGAAACCAGUCUAGUUGGUUUUCCUCCGUAGCAGUCAGAGAAAAUCUGCAUUCCAGAUGAAACCUGCCGGCUGGCUGAAGGAAAGCAUUUGAAAACAAAAGGCAUUCCAAGGGUAGUAAAUUAACUGCUCUAAGAGUUCUGGGCACUUUGAGAGGAUCUUUUUCUUUACUUCCUGUCUUUGAUUAGGGGUUUGCAGGAGGCUGUUGAUGUGGGCGAAAUGCUGGGUUUGGGGCCUGGCUGGCCAGGCCUCUGAUUAAGAUCUGGGUGGAAAAAAAAGGGCUCACUUCACAAGUCCUUGGGUCAUUUUCUGCUGAUUCACUUUGGAAUCUCUUGGGCUGCACCAGGCGGUGGUUCAAGGCUGUCAGCACAUUUAGGAACCUCAACUUGCUCACCAAUGAGGAAGUUGAAUGUUACCAGGAGAAUCGUAGGCACGGGGCGGAGCUCCUCCUGAAGUCCAGGGCUGGGAUUACGGGACAGACUGACUUUGGCUGCGACAAAAAGCCUUUUGUCCAGGGAGUAAAUACGGAAGUCCAGAAGAGCAGCCUGCCUGCCCAUGUGUAGUAAGGUGUGCGGCCUCAGCUGCUUUGGGGCAUAGAGUUGCCCAGACUUAACAAGUUGCCCUGGGCACGCCGGCAUCGAACAAACCGGAAGGGAGGGCUCUGUGACCUGAAAGAGACCAAGUGUGUUUUCUGAGCUGCUGGAAGCCUGGCUCUCUCCCCGGUCCUGUGGCUCCCUGUCCUGUAAGUCAAGAGCAGAUGGAGCGGAUAAACUGAGCCGAGCAGGGCAGGUAACACAAGGAAGAACUUCUGUCAAGGGCACCGCAGGGACAUGGAGGAGGUUGGAAACUCUCUCAACAGCAGAGAUGUGCUGGAACCAGACAAACCCGAAGCCGGACUUGAGAUGGCUCAGUCGAUCCUGAGUAAAUUCUCUAUGAAAUCCCUGUUUGGAUUUACAAGUAAAUUGGACUCCUUGGAUCCUGAAGAAGAUGCUGUGCUGAAGGCAUUUCGUAGUUUAGAGGUGAAUCCUGCUCCUGAGAGAGACCAUCCCAGCGAAGGCUCAGAUCAGCCCCAGGCAGAGGCUCCAAUUCCACCUGGUGCAGAACAUGAUGGGGAGUCUGCAAGGGCGGAGACAGGUUCGGAGGGAAGUCAGGGGAAAGACAUAGAGGACGCUUCUUCCCCUGGUCAAGAGCUGCUUCCACCUGCCACCGUGAGAGUGGAUAGUGAGGAUGUCAUCUGGGUCCAUGGGACCCUGGUUCACACCACCAGUGAUUCCGACUCUGAAGACGGAGGCCAAGAGGCAGAAGGAGGAAGCGGCCUCGAUAGCCGGGAGUCCACCACUGUUGUUUUAUCUGAACCAUAUCAAGAGCCCAAAGAAAGACCGGGAGAUUCGGGAGAAAAUAAAGACACCGGGGAAACUGAUGAUGCACAACUCUGUGGUGAUUCUCAGAGAACUUUACCUGAGACAAGUAGCACACUGGACCCUGGCGGUGAUGGUAGCCAUCCGGCAGAGCACGGCCACGGGCAGGGCCAGGCUGAAGGAGAAACGUUCCAAAUCCCACCUGCAGCAACAGACCAGACUGUUGGUGCCACUGAGAGUACUGUUUCUAAAAGACAGAGAGAAGCUCCUGGAGAGAAGUCCUUCCAGCUUCCAGCUUUCUUUAGUGGGCUCCGUGUGCUGAAGAAGGGGGCUACAACAGAGGCGGGGGAGACCAUCACUGAAAUCAAACCCAAGGACGGGGACUUGGCUUUGCUCAAGUUGACCCAGCCUGUUCAUAAGUCUCUGGCGCAGGGAGGCCCGCAGACAGUGAAGGGCCAGGGUAGAGCAACUGAUCCGAAGGCCACUCCUACUCUCCUGGAGCAGCUUUCUCAGCUACUCAACAUUGACAUGCCAAGAACUGAACUGAAGGAAGCCGACCCCGACUUCCGUGGGGCAGACGAGAUGGGCUACAGUACUGACCAGGAGAGCCAGAAGAGUUCUGGAGAUGCCCAAGCCCAGGGUGGCCAGGUGAAGUCAAAGCCACCAGAGACUGCCCUGGAGGCCUUUAAGGCCUUAUUCAUCCGUCCCCCUAAAAAGGGGACCACAGCUGACACCUCUGAGCUGGAAGCCCUCAAGCGAAAGAUGAGGCAUGAGAAGGAAUCACUGCGCGCUGUGUUCGAAAGGUCCAAGUCAAGGCCAGCAGACAGCCCCUCUGACCCCAAAAGCCCUGACCAGAGCCCCACAGAGCAGGACGACAGGACUCCUGGCAGACUCCAAGCUGUCUGGCCACCCCCAAAGACAAAGGACACAGAAGAAAAAGUGGGACUGAAGUAUACUGAAGCAGAAUACCAGGCUGCUAUCUUACAUCUGAAGAGGGAGCACAAAGAAGAAAUUGAAAACUUGCAGGCUCAGUUUGAACUUAAGACAUUUCACAUGCGGGGUGAGCAUGCAUUAAUUACAGCAAGACUUGAAGAAACCAUUGAAAAUCUCAAGCAACAGUUAGACCACCGCUGGGGAGGAGGACGUGAAGAGAUGAGAGACGCAUGCAUCUCCACUGAUGACGACGGUCCCCCAAAGGCCUUCAGAAAUGUGUGCAUCCAGACAGACAGAGAGACAUUUCUCAAGACCUGUGAGAGUGAAAACAAGACAGCUAGAAGCAACCAGAUAGUACCCAAGAAGCUGAAUAUCUCAUUAACCCAGCUCUCUCCCACAAAAGACAGCAAAGACAUCCAUGCACCACUUCAGACAGUGGAGGGCAUCUCAUCUAGUCAACAGAAGAUAUCACCUCCACCUCCCACGCCUUCUCUUCCCCCGCCUCCCAUUCCUCCGCCUCCCCCUCUCCCCACUGGACUUGGGCCUUUGCCACCAGCACCACCCAUGUCACCUAUGAGUGCCGGGCCACCACCACCACCUCCUCCACCUCCUCCACCACCUCCCCUGCCUCCAAGUGCUGGGCCUCCCCCACCUCCUCCCCCACCACCACUUCCCAGUGCCCUGGCUCUUCCUAACAGUGGAGGCCUUCCUCCUCCUCCUCUUCCUCCUCCUCCCCCAGGACUUGCACCCCCACCUCCUCCUGGACUGUCCUUUGGACUCAGCUCUUCUUCUAGCCAGUGUCCACGCAAACCAGCCAUUGAGCCCAGCUGUCCCAUGAAGCCUUUGUAUUGGACUAGAAUACAAAUAAAUGAUAAGAGCCAAGAUGCCACACCAACUUUAUGGGACUCCUUAGAAGAACCUCAUAUUAGGGACACCAGUGAAUUUGAAUAUUUAUUCUCCAAAGACACAACUCAACAGAAGAAAAAACCCCUGUCAGAAACCUACGAGAAGAAGAGCAAAGUCAAAAAGAUCAUCAAGUUAUUGGAUGGAAAACGAUCUCAAACUGUGGGAAUCUUGAUAUCUAGUUUACAUUUAGAAAUGAAGGAUAUCCAGCAGGCCAUAUUUAAUGUGGAUGACUCUGUGGUUGACCUGGAGACCCUGGCAGCAUUAUAUGAAAAUCGAGCCCAAGAGGAUGAACUGACUAAAAUAAGAAAGUACUAUGAGACAUCCAAAGAAGAGGAUGUGAAGCUGCUGGACAAACCUGAACAAUUUCUGCAUGAGUUAGCCCAGAUUCCCAAUUUUGCUGAGCGUGCCCAAUGCAUAAUCUUCAGGGCUGUGUUUUCCGAGGGUGUCACUUCCUUACACAGAAAAGUAGAGAUUGUCACACGAGCCUCUAAGGGCUUGCUGCACAUGAAGAGUGUGAAGGACAUCUUAGCUCUCAUUCUGGCUUUUGGAAAUUACAUGAAUGGAGGAAACAGGACUCGAGGGCAAGCAGAUGGAUAUAGUUUAGAAAUUCUACCCAAACUCAAAGACGUCAAAAGUCGGGACAAUGGGAUGAACCUGGUGGACUAUGUCGUGAAGUAUUAUCUGCGGUACUAUGAUCAGGAAGCUGGAACAGACAAGAGUGUUUUCCCACUGCCUGAACCACAAGAUUUCUUUCUGGCCUCCCAAGUCAAGUUCGAAGACCUCAUAAAAGAUUUGAGAAAAUUGAAAAGACAGCUAGAAGCAAGUGAGCAACAGAUGAAGCUGGUGUGCAAGGAGUCCCCAAAGGAGUAUCUGCAGCCUUUCAAGGACAAGCUGGAGGACUUCUUCCAGAAAGCCAAAAAGGAGCAUAAAAUGGAAGAAAGUCACUUGGAAAACGCACAGAAAAGUUUUGAAACAACAGUGGGAUAUUUUGGAAUGAAGCCAAAGACUGGAGAGAAGGAGAUCACCCCCAGCUAUGUGUUUAUGGUGUGGUUUGAGUUCUGCAGUGACUUCAAGACAAUUUGGAAACGGGAGAGUAAGAACAUAUCUAAAGAAAGAUUGAAAAUGGCUCAGGCAUCUGUCAGCAAAUUGACAUCAGAGAAGAAAGUAGAAACAAAGAAAAUUAAUCCCACUGCUAGUCUGAAAGAACGACUUCGCCAGAAGGAAGCUAGUGUGGCCACCAGCUAAGAUGGAAACAGAAGGAAAUUACAGUGCGAGAGGAGGCGGCCCAAUGCUCCUCUAGACAAAAGUGCCAUGGGGAGUUCCUGACAGAUCUGUUACAGAACAUUCGCUUUGCUUAUCUCCUUCUGAGGUCGUCUGCACAGAGUGUCCUGGGCCUUCUUGGAGAAGUCCCUUGUUAAUUCACAGGAACAGUGCAAUGCUAAAUGGGUAAAUUACAGGAAUAUUUAAUUGUUUCUUAAAGGAGUCCAAAGUCCACCCUAUAAAAGAGUCAGGAAAUACACCAAAUUUUUUCACAUUUUGCUUUAUGCUGAAAUUCUAAGCUUUCCAAUGUAUCUAAGCUUUCCAAUGUAUAGCCAUCAUCAUGUUACAAAAGAGGUACAUCUUUUAUGGCAAUGGCCUUGAGGGAACUCAAGCCUUUUACCUUACACACUAUAUAUUUUUUUAUUGGUAUUAAUCUUGUUCAAGUUGUACCACGCUCCUAUGGCAUUUUCAUCAAAAAUGUUGAAACUUACCAGAACUGCUUUUAGAGAUUUAAUACUACGUAUCUCCCAGCCUAGGGAAAUACUUUUUGAUGAUGACAAUGAUAAUAUAAUGAAAAGGAAAGAAAUUGAAAUUUCACAUGGGUGGAGAGAGAGAAAAAUAACUAUAAACCUCAUCUUGGAGACUAGGUUAGGAUGUUGGGAGUGAACAUUAACCGUUGAGAUAGGCCUACUCAGUUAACAUGACUUCCUAUCCAGUAGAGAUUCUGUACCAAUUUUUGGUAUAAACAAGGCAGGACAAAGAACCAUGUGGCUUCAAAUCUGUUGUGGGCAGCAAAUGACUGCUGUGCAGACUUGCAGGUGAGGUCUACAUCGUAUCCCGCCACUUGCAAAUGACUGCCAUGCAGACCUGAAGGUGAGGUCUACAUCGUAUCCCGCCACUUGUAGCUUGGUCCUUUCCACCACUCCCAGAAGUUUCCAGACAGGAGAGCAAACGCUGCUGCCUACCUUUUAUCAUGACCUGGACUCGUAAGCAUGUGAAGGAAAGCAGCCAGUUUGCUGCCUAAAAACAGGAUCAGAAGAAAAUUGUUCUUUACAAUAAGGUGAAAACAGGGUGGUUGUGUUAGUACUGACCUCUGAAUGGACUGUCAGGGACAGAUUGUGUUUUCUAACUCUGGUCCUUAAACCACGGAGAAAAAAAACCCCUGGGACAUUUCCCCCGACAUUUUUCUCCCUAAGCCACACUGCUUGAGCUUCCCUGGGGAGAAAACAAGGAAGAGGACCGGGCUUGAGCUGAGGACUGUGUUGAAGACUGUGUUUUGAAGCCUUGAUGUAAGGAAGGACUGUGCUUUCUUCUCUCGCUGGUGGAGACAGUCUAGAGCUACUCAGAAUCUUGCACCUCUUGUGAUCUGGCUACCUCUGGCUGCCACGUGGGGCCUGCUUCUUGCCCCAGCAACUUUCUAGAACCUUUGAACUUGCCAGAUACCUUAAGUGUCUUCCUGGAAUCUGCCUGCCAGUCAUCAGCCCCCACCCUGACUCAGGGACACUCUGCUAAUAGAUGCAAGCUUAUGAAAGCCGUACCAUACAUAGUCAGAUACAAUGCAAACCUUGUGAAGCACGAGGGACUGGCAUCUACUAAGUCACAGAUGCCAUUUCCAUGCAGGUGCUAAUUGUCUUUCAAUGGCCCAAAGGAAGGAACAUGGUCAGUUGGUUUAUUUUAAUCAAAAUGAAGGGAUGAGACUAAAUAAACAAUCAAAUAAGAAACUUAAUGUGGUUAGGAUGCCUUGGCAUCACUGUUUUUGUUUUAUUGUUGCUUUUUAUGAACUGUUUCUCUUUAUUGUCACUGUAACUAUGAAGAAGAGCAAGGAACUUGACUAUCAAGGCAAAUUCCACUUGCAGACAUCCUGUACUCCAUGGUGCCCCUGUUAGUAUUGAAGUGCAAAAGAAAAGUGUGAUUCUGUCUAUAACACAGGCAUCAUGUCGGCAUUCUGUGAGGUCUGCACAGGCCACCUUUACAUGGGAUGAUUGAGAACAGGAGGCUUUCAGUGGGGGUUGAUGCCACCUCAGGUCUCUAAGUAAGGUGUUCAUGACAUCACUGUCUCUCUGUCCUUCAAGAACACAUCAGAUCCUACAGGCUGCUGGGAAGCAGAUCAUACUAUUGGGGAUGAGGGGGUCAACUUUUUAUUUCCUCAUAUCCUAACUCUAUUUUGUAGUACUAACCCCCCAUUUAAAAAGUCAAAGAUAAAACCAGCUGGGGUAAGGGUGGUGCAGAGAUGGUUCAGGAGUUGAGAGCAGCACAUACUGUUUUCAUAAAUGGCCUGAGUUUGGAUCCCGUUGCACAUGCAGGGUGGCUCACAAUCGCCAUUACUGUCUUGAGAAUCAGACAUCCUCUCUGUCCUCUGUGGACAGAAUACACAGUCAUACACAUACCCACACGCAGACAUACAUACAUGCACAUAAUGCACAUAAUUAGAAAAUAAAAAUAAAUCUUAAAAAAAUAAGUGGGGACAUGAUAUGGCAAGAUAAAUAAAAAAUAGAAAAGUAUACUUUUUUCCCCAAAUAUCUCAUUUUACAAAGUAGUUUAAAUUGUGUUAGAAAUCACUAGUAUGUUUUUCCUUGAUUUUCAUUUUCAUUUUACUUUACCUGUAAUUAUCAAGGGAAAAACAUAGCAAAAGAUGAUGGGAAACAUAUACUUCCACAGAUUUGUAAAUGUAGACAUAAGUUUAUUAUUGAAUCACAAAAACAGGGGCAUUCUAUGAAAUUUGAAGUGUAGGAGUCCUAACUAAGUGUAUGUGAAGUUGAAUGACUGUGAUGGCUUCUGGGCGACAACAAAACUGCCAGCCGUCUGCCUGAGACCGCAGCUUACAUCAGGCCAUUCCUACUACGAAUUUCUAAGAGUCCAGGGUUGUCUUGGGAAACUUAAUCUGGAAAAAGCCAUGUAGAGGCCACAUAGAGAAAGACAUGGCAUUCUAGAGUUGGAUGUGUCUAUGUCCUUCCUCUGAAUUCUCCUAUGGGGAGUUUAGAAGGGAGUGUACUAUCAGAAGACCAUGAAUACCACAAUUCAUUGUUUAACUACUCUGGCUUGAGGGACCCUGCAGGUAAAUAGCAUGACCUGGAUAAAGCAAUAAACUGUCACCCAUGUCAACUACUUCAACCGAAUAAGGAAAUCUACAAUGCAGGUGAAACAAGUCUCUUUCCAAACUGAUAGGAUUGAAAAAAAAUUUACUCUCAGAAAAAGGCAGAUAAUAUCGGCUGCUAGCUGUAGAAAGCUGCUUAGAAGCUAUGACUGAUACAGAAUUGACUUAAAGAAAAGCACCCCCAAAACUCAACUCAGCAGCCCCUUCCCUUUACACUUACACAAGUGUUCUUAAUGUUGGUGGCAUUGAAUCCAGGCACAACCAGGCUCAGUGACACAGCUGUGUGUUACCAAGAGGCACAUUUUGUGUCAUUCCUGCUUCCCGUCAGCUGUUGACACCUUCUAAAGAACCCUCAUGAAUUUCAUCAUUCUUCACUCCCCCUCCACAAGAAUGGGCAAUCUACCAGACUCCAUCAAGAUAAUGCUUUCUGGGGAAGUGAUGAAUUUAAAAGUUUCAGCACAUUUCCCAUGAAGCCAGCUCAGGAGCCUCGUCCGUUCCAGCGCAAUGCCUUGUAUCACAUUUGGGGAAUUUGAAUACUUAACAGCUUACUUGGAUACAUGGAGACGUUAAAACGGUGACGCACUGACUGUGUCUCUUCAGCUGUCAGGUCUCUACCAAAAGAAUAACUAGAAAAGCAAAAGAAGCCAUAUGCUGCACUCAAGUGAAUCUGUCUACCUCCAUCUACACUCUAUCUCUGCCAUUCUCCAAACACCCUAGAGAUGACCAUUGCCAUUGAGGCCUUUUAUUCACUGCUAUUCACUGCUGUUUUCUUUCCUUCGAUCUGUGGCUCACAGGAAGCCUGUGCUUUAUUCCACAUUGUCACCAACUUCAGUUAUUUGUUCCUUUGUUUUGUUUACUUAAGGAACAGAUUAAACCUACAUACUCAAUACACUACAUACCUCAUACAUACUACAAACUCCACCCAUCCUCAGAAAAUUUCCUGACUUUUAGUCCUAUGUAUACAAGGAAUCCCCUGGAGGCUGAUCCAACUACUUCCAUGGUUCCAUGGUAUUUUUCAUAGUUCCUGUGAAACAUGACAGCCCUGGACUGUCAAAACACAAAUGAAUCAGUAGGCUCAGGCAGAAAUGAACAUCUCAACAAUUCGACAGGGAGUAAACAGGCUCUACAACCUUAGGCUUAUAAGCUAGGCUGGGGGUUACCCUAGGGACAUCUUGUGUUCUCCUCCUCUGAAGCCAUAAAAAAGUGUCUUAGAGAGAAUUCUCAUCCCAUAAAUAGUGUGAGUUUCCAAUGAGUUGUGUUUGUAUCAAGUAAGAAAUCAAGUGUAUAUCAGAAGCUGUUUGCCAAAGUCAUGCCUGCUCCCCUCCACUGUUCUCUUCCAGGGUUUUCUUCAACUUCCAUCUUAUAAAGCAAGGUUUUUUUUUCAUUGUUCACCUAAGUUGGUUUCCCAAGUUGAUAUUUCUCAAACAAAAUCCCAGCCCUUUAGACCACUGAGCACUGAGGAAAGUUACUCUGCCUCACCAUAGCAUAGCUGGUAGAUGUUCAGAAAUGAGCAAUUCUGGGAAUUCAUGGGAUAGAUUUUAAUUCUAGUUUCUAACUAUAAGGUGUGAAAAAGAGCAUACAGGCAUACACAAAUUGUACUGCUCUUCCACUGAAGGGCCAAAAAUCAUUUACAAUAUUUAUAUUGUAGGUACGUUUUGUGAACUACAAAUACCUUUUUUUCCUCUUUAAGAGGGAUGUGCUUAUUUCUAUGUUACAUGUAUGAGUGUUUGUCUACAUGUGUGUACCACCUGUGUUCCUGGUGCCUGCAGAAGCUAAAAAGAAGCUGUUAGAUCCCCCUGGAACUGGAGUGACAGACAGUUGUGAGCCACUGUAAGAACAGCAAAUGCUGUUAACUGUUUCUCCAGACCUGCUUUCCUAUCGGCUCUUUAUAGAUAUAAACUAAACUUUUCAUAUCUGACCAUCAGUCUCGCUAGUGGUUCUGCUCAGAGCUUGAAGGCAUUCACUACUGUUGGAAACAAAUUCAUGAGCGAAGAAGAAAGUCUUGAAGUGAUUCUGUCUGCAGUGAUUUAAAUAGGAUUUGUGGGGUCUACCAAAGGCACAGGUUUCUUCUAAAAUCAUUAAUGUUAUAAUUCUACUCUUUUACAACUUCCUGAGACACAAAUACCGUGCUCCUACUGUCCCACUGACCACUGGGUGUGUAAUCUUUGAGGAAUGUGUGAUUUAAGGAAAAAGGAUUUUUCCUUCAAGGGAACAAUCUAAGAUACUCUCUGAAAGGCAGAAAGUUUACAAAUUAGACACUGGAUAAUUUUUUAAGAACCUUUAGUGGAAGCGUGUCAUCCAUUCAUCACAGUCUUUUUCUGCCUUUGAAUUACAUUCCAGACUAGUGUGGGAAGCAGUCUCGCUGGACUUGGAUUUAGCGAUCAUGUUUUUGCCUGGAAAAUAAGCAUUGGCCUGCACAUCUAGAAACCCUCUGAAAUCAGUUAGCAUCCUAAUAUGAGUCAUAUGCUACAGAAAUGUAAGUCACUUGAACUCAUUUAUGGACUGGCUUGGUUUGGUUUCAUUUUCUUAGCACCACCUGGGAUCGUGGAGCCUGCUUCCUAAGAUUCACAUGACAUUGCAGUGUCUCCUUUCUACCUUCGGAGAUCUCAAGCAGGAAACCCAGGAAACAAGGGAGAAGAAAAAGUUAACAUAUCCCGUGCAGUGUUUCUGCCAGCCUUGUCAUGAGACUACCAGAGACAGCUUUUUAAUAGAAGUUUAGGUCAUUUGUAUUAGGCAGAUAGGAGUGUAUCGUGUUGUUAUAGCUCAGUGAUAGACUUUGUGCUGAAAAAGCAGGUACUCCAAUGAAACUGGCCCGUGUUUAGGUUAGUAACUUCCAGCUUCAGCUUCUGCUACAAGUGUGGCUUGCCCAAGACCUUUCUGCUUUCUCUCUGCCUGCUCACAAGCCAUCUCAGCAGCUAGCAUCAUCUCGCUUUCCUGCAUCCCGUGCGUCGGCUUCGGCCUCCACUUCCCUCACACACCACAGCCCCUCUCUGCUGAAGGGACCUUUGCAGCUUCUCCUGGACCCAGCCGCUCUCUACCUCUACAUUGUAGAUACUGAAUGUCCCUCAGGUCUCUCACACCCUGUGCUCCAGCAUUCAGUGUUUGGACAGAGCACAAGUGUCACCAAGAAGCCAGUGUGAGACAUACUGCUGAGAUUGCCUCUUGUUAACGUCACCAUCACUUCAUCACUUAGGCAAAGAGGGGAAAAUCCAUAAAAGAGGUGGAAAAUGCAUUUCUUUCUUCAUUUUGUUCUACUUUAUUAAAAAGGUUGGGUGUUCUAGUUCUUGGUUUCUCACAGAUUUUUAGAUUAUCUAAUUAGAGAGCACUUUUGAUCCAUCACAGCAAAUCACCGGCUAUGACAAAGCGAAAUCUUGGACUCUCAGCUUCCUGCGCCGCUGCACAAAUUGGCCUCUGUGCAAACAUUUUGAAUCCUAAGAUUUCUUACUGCCACUCCAUUCUUACCACUGCUCAUGACUCAAGCAUCUACCACAAUCUGAACUGAGAUGUUGACAUUUUGUGGUUACUUUCAGACUAACAGUAAUUGUCAUGCUCUCAAAAGCUCUCAGAGAGAGUGUAAGCAUGCCCUACAUAGAUGACUACUUUGCCAUAGUAUUCAAAUAGUAGACCCGUUCGUGAGGUCUAACUUUAAGGAAUUUUAACCAAUCACAUAAAGACUGCUUUGGAAAGGACACGGUACUUCAAAGACAUGAAACUUUAUAUUUCAUGCUCUUGGAUGUUUUUAAGCAUAAUAAGCUACCUGGAUUUGGGUACUUUCCCUUUAAGUUAAAAAUAAUCUGUAUUUGUAAUUGCAUAUUUAAUUUUGUCAACCAACACUGAGAAAUGCUCAUGGGUUGAAUCUGUAAAUGUAAUUUGCAACCAAAUGAAGUAUUUAUUUUUAAAAAAGAAAAGGUGAAGGAACCAAUAUUGACUUGUACAUAAUGAAAAUAUGUGUAUAUAUAUUUUUCCUUCUUGAUAUUACUUGAUUAUUAUGUCAAGUGUAUUUUUGUACAUAAUAUAUAUUGGUUAGAAAAAUUUAGACUGUCUAUUGAAAGAAAUUCUAUCUCUGUGAUAAAUUAUAUUUAUCCUAAUCUAUUGAUAUUAAGUCGAUUUGUUUUAAGAGACAGAACGCUAUUUUUUUGAAUUUCCAGAUAAUUGCAUUGACUGCACUACUUGUGAAUACAUUAACGGUAUUUUAAUAAAUCUUGGUUUCAUGCCCA